AUGCUACUUGCGUGGCUGAGUGUCCUACCCCUGCUACUCUUCUUCCCGCUGCAUCCCUCGCACUGCCUUCGGGCUGGCCCGUCCGUUCCUGCUGCUGCUCCGUCCGCUCUGGCUGCUGCUCCUGUUCCCCUGGCUCUCUUUGUCGAGCCGACUGUGUCUGCUCCUACUGGGGGUGUUGCUGAUCCCCCUGUUCCUGUCCCUGGCGCGCCCGUUGCACCGCCCGCUUCUGUCCCCGACGUGCCUGCUCCGGCGUCUGUUUCGUCACCGAAGGCGGCGUCCGCCACCACUGGCGGCCCGGCUCCGUCGGUUGCGCCCCCAGCGGCAGGCCAGUCCGCGCCUGCGGCGAUACCGGCGGCCCUGGCAGGUCAGCCGUCACGCCCCCCGUCGCCUGACCGCCGCCCUUCUCGCCCCCAUUCCCCCGCGCACCAUCAGGAGCGCGCGACGUCUCGGCGCCGGCGAGACUCUCCACGGCGCUACCAACAGCAAACUCACUGGCCUGCCCAACCCGGCGGUCAGGGGGACUGGAGGGGUCACCGCGGGCGUGGCGGUGGUGGGGGGUACCGCCCGCCUGUGACGAUGGCGGAUCUACAGCGGGAAGUCUCGAGGGCGGUGCGUGAGGAGAGGGCGGCGUAG